ACGCGUGUAAGUUCUAUGUGGUGAACAGUAUCUCACAAUAACUGCCCGUCUUAUCGUACGUACAGCAAUCCAUUAACGAGUUUGUCACAGGAAUCAGGAAAGUACCAGUUGCAUGCAAAGCGAGAACGGGUUUUGUAAAAGACUGUUUUCAGUGAAACAGAGCAAUACAACCGAGAGACUUGUCAACCUUCCCCUGUUCUCAUGGAGGCUACCGCUAUGUCUGCCGUAGUCCCGUCAUCUGAAGAUUCCACUCUCGACACCAUCCUGCGCAUCAACGUUGGGGGGUCAAUUUUUAUGACCAAGUUACAGACUUUGAGGAAGAGAGGAGUGGGGAAGUUAAGCAAGAUCUCGGAAGAUGACCCCACUUUCAUUAACAACAGAGGCGAGUUCUUUUUUGACAGAGAUCCGAAUUUCUUCAGCUAUGUCCUUCAGUUUUAUCGCACGGGAGAGCUGCACAUUAGCGAGACUUGCUGCACGAAAACCAUCAAAUCUGAAAUGGAAUUUUGGGAAUUGGACGUGGACACGAUAGGCGACUGUUGCUGGGGGAAUUAUUGCAGAGCUGAGGAGCAGAUGGAAAGCACAACUCGACUUACCAAACACCUGAAGUUCUUAUCCGAAACGACACCAACAGACACUGGGAAGCCCCUCACCUGUAAACAACGCCUUUGGCUCAUGCUAGAAAACCCAACUUCCAGUAUUCCUGCAAAGAUGUGGGCAGUCGUAUCUGUGAUACUUUUGAUGACGUCAAUCUUGUGCUACGCUCUGACGACUCUUCCUCAGGCAAAGCGAGGCUAUUCCAAAACUUUGAUCAAAACAACUCAAUGUGGACGGACGCCGAAGUUGAAAUACUCAGAGAACUUCUUGUUCACUGUGACCGUUGUAGACAUAUGCUGUCUCGUGUUUUUCACCGUUGACUUUUUCUGAGAGUGUUCUCCAUCCCUCGUAAACGAGUGUUACUCACAUCGUUCUGUUUUACAGUGAUUUGGUCUUCCUCAUUCCCGGGUGGAUGCUCGACCCUUGUCA